GGUUCGGGUAUUUAAUAGCCUCCCCCGUUUUCAGUGGUUAUUGGAACCAGAACAUAAAAAUCCCAGAAGUCUUGCGGGCCAGUUUCAAGAAAGCUAUUUAAAUUUUUGCCCUGUUUCUCUAUGAAACAGUACUUUAAGAAAGACAGUCUUUACGAAGGGCAUUGCGUGAAGUUCUUUUAAAGGUACAUAAAAAUGGCUUCGAAGAGAGCCCUGGUCAUCCUGGCCAAAGGCGCGGAGGAGAUGGAGACGGUCAUCCCCGUGGAUGUCAUGAGGCGCGCCGGGAUUAGGGUCACCGUUGCAGGUCUGGCUGGGAACGACCCGGUACAGUGUAGCCGUGACGUGGUCAUUUGUCCUGACACAAGUCUGGAAGAGGCAAAAAAGCAGGGCCCCUACGACGUGGUGGUUCUCCCCGGAGGCAACCUGGGCGCGCAGAAUUUAUCUGAGUCCCCGGCCGUGAGGGAGAUCCUGAAGGAGCAGGAGAGCCGGAAGGGCCUCAUCGCAGCCAUCUGUGCAGGUCCCACAGCACUGUUGGCUCACGAGAUAGGCUUUGGAAGCAAAGUUACAACACACCCACUUGCUAAAGACAAAAUGAUGAAUGGGAAUCAUUACAGCUACUCGGAGAGCCGUGUGGAGCGGGAUGGCCAGGUGCUCACCAGCCGCGGCCCGGGCACCAGCUUCGAGUUCGCGCUGGCCAUCGUGGAGGCGCUCAGCGGCCCAGAGGUGGUGCAGCAGGUGAGGGCACCGCUCGUGCUCCGAGACUAGAGCCUCCCCAGCGCACAGCGGCCCCACCGGCCCGCACCCCACUCCUGUGUCCUCGCAUUUCGGAAUAAAAGGGCAGCUUACAGCUGCCCAUGGCUGCUG